AUGGCGAACGUUAACACACAUAAGAGGAAAAAGGGGAAUGAUGGCGAAAUUGAAUUUGAAGAAAGGCACCCUGUUCAUCACCUGUUACAGCGCUCGGAAAUCAUAGAGAUCAUUAGAACCGAAAUAAGUUCCGCAAUCAAGAAUGCCCUAUCUAAUGAAUUCGCUUUCAUGAAAGAGGAAAUCCUUAGUUUCGAACAAUCUAUUAAGUUUAUGAACGCCGAAUUUGAAGACAUGACGGCUAAAUUUAAAGAGUGCAACGAGGAAGUAAAAUCUCUGCGAAGUGAAAACAGCUGCCUACUAAAAAGGAUAACAGACAUGGAAGCUAGAAUUGGACAAUUGGAACAAGAUGCCAGACAAAACAAUAUAGAAAUCCAUUGUUUACCUGAACAUAAACGAGAAAACUUGGUAAAUACUGUAAUGCAACUUAGCAACGUUGUGUCCUAUCCUCUUACUGAAAAUGAAAUACUAUCAUGCUCUAGAGUACAAAAGCUAAACGCAUCCACUAGCCAACCAAGAGCAGUUAUUUGCAAACUACCAAGCAAAAUUAAGCGCGACAAUCUGCUUGGGGCAAUCUCAUUAUAUAACAGAUCAAACCCCAAUAACAAAUUGAACACGAAGCUCCUGGGCUACGGAGACAAAUUAUCCCCCGUAUAUGUAAGUGAACACCUCACCAAGGCUAAUAAGUCAUUGCAUGCAGCCACCAGGAUAGCAGCCAAGGAGAAAAAGUAUAAAUUCGUGUGGGUCAGAAACGGAAGAGUUUUCGUCAGGAAGGAGGAAGGUUCUACAGUACGUACUAUAACCAGUUUAGAAUGUCUGAAAAAACUAGACUAG